AUGGGCCAGCUUCUCACUAGCCUCAAUCUCCGCGGUGGUGAAGCGAUCGUACCUGAGCUGGGCUUUGACAUUGAGACUGCCACUCCUUCUUCAGACGAACUUUCUCUUUAUAAUCAACUCUCCCAGCUGCUCGUACAACCUGGCCCUAGUUUACUCGAGGCACUUUCUCAAUACACAUCCGGUUCGGAAUUGAUUCGAGAUGCAAUUGCAACACCAAACCCUGAAAACGAAAACAGAGCCUGGGAAGCAGUCUUACCAACCGUAGACAUGCUCCGAGACUUUUAUGAAUAUGCCGCCGAUCUGAAAAAAACACUUCCAAGGCUUCUAGAUGUUCUCUGUCAGGGCAAUGUUAGCAAGAAUUUAGAGAGCCACCAAGGAUUAACAAAGUUAUUUGCUGAUCUAUUGGACUUUGUGUUUGAAUUUGAUAAUCUAAAGAUGAGAAACCCUACCCUUCAAAAUGACUUUUCAUACUACCGCCGUAUGCUGCAGCGAGGUAGAUACAGUUCGACCGAUCGACCUUCAUUGGACGAACCAGUGUCAGAUCUCCGGAGUGCGAUGGUAGAAGAUGAUCGGGCGAAUCAAAUAUCACUCUUUAUUGCCUAUCCUACACCCAUGAUGAAAUGCGUCAUUGACACAACAACCGAAUAUGUGGAAAAGAAUGAGCUCCAGAAGAGUGUUGGUGAAUGUCUGGCUGCUCUCUGGGCUGCUUGUUUUCAAACAGUUAGCAAAAAGAGAAACUUGAAUCCCGAACUCUCUUCAUUUUGUCUCAAGGUCAUGGUGGUUUCGAUCAUUCUCUAUGAUCACAUUGAUCCCAACGGUGCCUUUUCAAAAGGAUCUCCAAUCAAUGCAAGUCCUUGUGAAUCCAGUGCAUCUAAUCUUCUGUCUGCGUUACGAUACAAUUCAAAGCAUCUCAAUGACGACUCUACCCCGAAAGGUGUCAAGAACAUGGUGUUGGCAGCCUAA